ACUUACCUUUUUUCCCCCUUUAACCCAAAUGGAGUAUGGAUAACGAUUAACGACGCUUAACGUUCUGAACUUCUGAUAUCCCUGUGACCAACGAAACCCAACACAUUGGACUUUCCAAUUGAAUUCCAAUGGCUUUGAAAACUUGCUUCACUCUUCUCCACCAUUCACAACACUCUUCUUCCAGAAUCUUCUUCUCAAUCCCCUUUUUCAAUUCUGCUACCUGCAUUCUUCACAAUGAACCUCACAACAACCACAUCCUGCAUUUCUCAACAUUUUUUACUAAGAGGAAGCUCAAUCUUGCUCUUCUUCUCACAACUUUUCUUUCGAGCAAUUUAUCAAACACUAGUGGUGCAUUGUUGAUGGCUCAAGAGUUGGACUUGGAGCUUCACAGAUACACUGAUUCCAAGGAAGGUUUCACUCUUCUUAUACCCUCUUCUUGGACUAAGGUUGAUAAAGCUGGGGCAACUGCUCUGUUUCAAGAUGCAAGUAUGGGGAGCAACAACAUUGGGGUUGUCGUGAACCCAGUUCGUCUUGCAAAUCUUGGAGACUUCGGGAGCCCCGAGUUUGUAGCUGAUAAACUUUUACAAGCAGAAAGGUGUAAGGAAACCAAGAAAGAAGAAGAAGAAAUAGGAAACCAAGAAAGAAGAAGAAGAAGAAUGAGUGACGAGCAAUCAGAUUCCGCAAUGAUGAAUCCGUGGGAUAUCAGUGACCCGUGUGAUAUGAUAGACUUUUAUGCCGAUGAACCACCGCAGUUUCAGUUUGAGUCUCCGCCUCUGCCUGAGCCCGUCUGGAAUGGGGACGAAAACAAUGUAGGUGAUCCCCAGCCCCAGCCGUGUGCCAUGGACGUGAGUGUUAAUCAACCACCUCAGCCGGUUAUUGAUGAUGGUUUCCCGGAAGCUAUGAAGAGAACAGAGCACUCUUGGGGAAGCCCAUCAUCUGGUUAUCAACCACAUCAGUCUCAGCCUCAGUCAUGUGCCAUUGAUGUGUGUGGUAAUCAACCACCUCAGCUACCGUCUCAACCACCUCAGCUACCGCCUCAGCCUCAGCCUCAGCCUUGCCUUGGUCUCGGUCUCGGCCUCGGCUUCUUUCUGAGCCUCGGCCUCAGUCUGAGACGGAUAUAG